CCGAACUCCGAAGCAUUAUUCUUCUCUUCUCUUCUUUAUUUAAUUAAUUAAUUUAUUAAUUCCUGCAAAGCUAGCCGUUACCGCUCUGCUCUGUCGUCUACAGUCCCUUCCCCUCCUCCGCCUCUCUUCUUCUCUCGCAGAGAGAAUCAUUCACUGCUAUUCCAUUUCGCUCCCAAAGCUCAAGUUUCAGUUUUUCUUGUAGUAAGAAAAGGAAAGAAAAUGGAUUCAACGCCACCAAGGAGGAAGAGCGGGAUUAAUCUCCCAUCUUCGAUGAACGAAACAUCUCUUCGGCUCGAUGCAUUAUCUACACCAAGGAGCUCGCCUUCUCGGGCCAAAACGAAUUUACCCUCUCCGAUGUCGAUGUCCCCGAGGACUCUGUCGAACCUGUCGUCCUCCCCGUCGUCGAAAUCUGCGAGCUGUAGCGACAGGUUCAUCCCGUGUAGAUCCUCGUCGAGGCUUCACGCGUUUGGUCUGGUAGACAAAGCAUCGCCGGUGAAGGAGGGAGGAGGGAACGAGGCCUACACGAGGUUAUUGAGAUCUGAGCUUUUCGGUGCUGACUUUGGUUCCUUUUCUUCUCCUGCAGGUAACAAGGGGUCGCCCAUGAGUCCAAGCAAAAAUAUUCUAAGAUUCAAGACUGAGCAUUCCGGCCCUAACUCUCCCUACUCGCCUUCAGUUUUGGGGAUCAACAAUGGCCUCUCCGACGAGGUUACAACUCCUCCUAAGCCUCCCAGGAAGGUCCCCAAAACUCCCCAUAAGGUGUUGGAUGCACCAGCGCUUCAAGAUGAUUUCUAUCUUAAUCUGGUUGAUUGGUCAUCUCAGAAUGUUCUUGCUGUUGGGUUGGGAACGUGUGUGUAUUUAUGGACUGCAACAAAUUGUAAAGUGACAAAGCUGUGUGACUUGGGACCUAGUGAUAGUGUCUGUUCAGUACAGUGGACUAGGGAAGGUUCUUACAUAUCAAUAGGGACAAGUCUCGGUCAAGUUCAGGUCUGGGAUGGAACUCAGUGCAAGAAAGUUAGAACAUUUAGUGGGCAUCAAACAAGAACAGGAGUUCUAGCAUGGAGUUCUCGCAUAUUAUCUUCUGGUAGUAGAGAUCGGAAUAUCCUUCAACAUGAUCUCCGUGUCCCAAAUGACUUUGUGAGCAGGCUCGUUGGUCAUAAAUCUGAGGUGUGUGGGCUGAAGUGGUCUCAUGAUGACAGAGAACUGGCGUCAGGGGGCAAUGACAAUCAGCUACUGGUGUGGAAUCUGCAUUCACAACAGCCAACACUGAGACUAACAGAACACACUGCUGCUGUGAAAGCCAUCACCUGGUCUCCUCACCAAACCGGCCUUCUUGCAUCUGGAGGAGGAACCGCAGAUCGUUGCAUUCGCUUCUGGAACACUAGUAAUGGCAAUCAACUUAACAGCGUUGAUACUGGAAGCCAGGUUUGCAACCUGGCAUGGAGUAAAAAUGUUAAUGAAUUAGUUAGCACUCAUGGAUACUCCCAAAAUCAAGUUAUGGUGUGGAAGUACCCCUCAAUGUCGAAGGUGGCGACUCUGACUGGCCACAGCUUGCGGGUGCUUUAUCUAGCUAUGUCCCCAGAUGGUCAGACAAUUGUGACUGGAGCUGGAGAUGAGACUCUCAGAUUUUGGAAUGUCUUCCCUUCUGUAAAAACACCUACUCCGGUCAAAGACACGGGACUGUGGUCUUUGGGAAGAACAUAUAUUAGAUGACAACAGACUCUUCUCUCUGGUUGCUUUUGUAAAUUGAAAUUUAAUGUCUAACAUGUAGCGUCCACAUUGU